GUUCACAGCACCUAUCACAGCUGCACAAAAGUAAAUUAACCUGCACUGAAAAGCUACUGGAUUAUAAAGAAAGAUACAUCAUUUAUUUGAAGUCUAAUACAUUAUGUCAGUCAUGUGAACAGCAGGAAAAACAAAAUGAACCCGACCAGACAGAGCAAAAGAGAGUCAGCGGGCUGAAGUUUUCUGCUCGGACAGAUUUCACUCCACGGAACAACGUCUCAUUUCAGGUCGUGCGAGAAGUGGCGCAGCCCCUCAGCUCAGGGUGAGCUGCGCAGACCGUCAAACUUUUUGUGUUCAGACUUGUAAAAUAACUUUGCCUUAACUCAUAGUGCUGCACAGGAAAAGUUGCAAACUAUGCGCGCUGAUUGCCCAACUCCGUGCGGAGAAAAGGAUCCAAUCUGCCAAGUGUCAAACCCAAGCGAGAUGGAGUCGCAAACAAAGCCGGAGACGGAUCACUGCGGUGCAGGGGUUUGCCAGAGAGGAUGCGGGCUUCUGCUGUCUCGUGAGGACGUCAGUAAAGGGGAGCACUGUUGCCUGGACGCGCUCCGCACGGUCACCGAUGCACUGGAGGAAAGAAGCGCAACUCUGGAGCAUGAAACCCGGAUGGCGAGGCUCAGGUGGAACAGAAGGGAGCAACGCCUGUUAGCCCAGGUGUCAACUCUGCAGAACGAGGCCCAGCUUGAUGCCCUCAAGUACCAACGGAGACUGCACCAAUACAUGCUGCACAUCCACAGCAUUGCAGAGCAGGUCACUGGGUACUAUAAGAGUGAUUUGAGGACAACUGCCGACAUGCAGAGCCAGAUAUCGGAAAAAGCAACAUGUGCCGAGGGGCUGCCACAGGAGCUGCUGGAAGGACCUGAGGUGAAUGGGAAGGAGUUGUCCAAGUCCAGCCAUGAGGAGACUGUGGAGGCCUUUCGCACAGCCAAGGACCCCGUCGUGGUGCAGGUCAUCAGGCGGACCCCCAGCGGCCGCCCCCAUGGCCCCCCUCAGGAAAUCCAUGUGGUGGAUGUGUGCACUCAGACUGACAUCACCUUUGAACACAUCAUGGCGCUGGCAAAGCUCCGGCCUUCGACCCCUCCUGUGCCUGACGUCUGUCCCUUCCUGCUCUCUGACAGCUGUCAUUCUCUUCAUACAAUGGACCAGGAUUACUAUGAAGGGACAGACUACCUCUCCCCUGUUCAAGCUGAUGGAGAGAGGACAGAGGAGUUUGAGUAUGAGGAAGUGGAAUUGUGUCGACUCAACUGCCAAGAGAAGUUGGGGCUAACUCUGUGCUACAGAACAGAUGAAGAAGAGGAUGUGGCCAUCUAUGUCAGUGAGAUCAGUCCAAACAGCGUUGCAGCCAGAGACGGACGCAUCAGAGAGGGGGAUCGAAUUUUGCAGAUUAAUGGCCAAGAUGUACAAGACAGAGAGGAAGCUAUGGCUGCGCUCUCCAAUGACAAGUGUAGGAACAUCGUGCUGCUGGUUGCCAGACCUGAGAUGCAGCUGGAGGAGGCCUGGCUGGAUGAUGAGCACAGUGAGUUCCUGGAGCAGCUGAAGAUGGAAAUGUUGGAGGAGCAGCAGAGAGAGGAGAUGGAAUUGGCUGCCUUACAGGAGGAGCAGGAGAAUGAACAGAGAGCAGAAGACGACAAGCCCACCUGCUCCACACUCCCUCAUCAUAAGGACAGUGUACGGAGUAUAAAAGACAGAAUGGAUAGCUCGGAGCAUAAUGUCCUGGCACACAUCCAGAGACGUCUAUCCCAGUGCCUGAGAGACAAUCGGGACACACACCGCACCGCCAGCUCCCCGCGGCUGGAGGACAAAGAGGAUGAGGAUGACGACGAAACUGAGGGUGAUCGUUUCCAGCAGCUCUUGGAGCUGAAGUGUCAGAUACGUAACAGCGGCGAGUACGACUUGUUCUACAGCCGCCGCAGCACCAUUGAGUGCAGCAUGGGGGAGCAGGGCGGCGUACAGCAUGAGCUACGUAUGCUCAAUGAGGAGCUGCGCAGCAUCGAGCUUGAAUGUCAGAACAUCAUGCAAGCUCAUAACCUUCGUAAGGGCCAGCAGUCUCCCUCCACUGGCAACUCUGCACCCUCAACCAAAAACCAAAGCCUCCAUCGGAGUCAGCCCACAAAGGGUAAGCUGGCAGAUAUUAAUGAGAGGCUGGAGAAAUCGGAUAAGGACAGCUCCAGUGCCUAUAACACAGCGGAGAGUUCACGCAGCACUCCUCUGGCAAUGGACCGCUCUCCGGAGCACUCACUCCAGAGGAUGGUUAGUCUCACCAACCAGAGGAACCUUUGCAGUGGCCUUCCCACUGGCCAUUCUCUUAGCCCAAGCCCCAUCCCAGCCUGCCGUGCUCCAGUCCCAGGCAAAAGUAGCAGCCCUGACCACAGCAAUCCUUCUGAGUCGAACCAGACACCUCGGGCUGAGGAGGAGAGUGGCGGGAAAUUAAAGCCACGUGCUUCCAAGAUUCCUUACUUCUCUCCGUCCCUCAGUUCCCAGCAGAGGCAGGUCAACAUCCCAGCUCAUGCCCGCCACUACCAGAGCUACAUGCAACUGAUCCAGCAGCGCUCAGCUGUAGAGUAUGCUCAGAGCCAGCUCAGCCUCCUCAGUGUCUGCAAAGAGCCUCAGAGGCCCAUUAUUGAGCCCAAGAUGGAGUGGAAGGUAAAGAUCCGCAGCGACGGCACACGCUACAUCACCAAGAGGCCUGUGAGAGACAAGAUUCUGAGGGAGAGAGCCCUAAAGAUUAAAGAAGAGCGUAGUGGGGGAAUGACCACGGAUGAUGAUGCAAUGAGCGAAAUGAAGAUGGGGAGGUACUGGAGUAAAGAGGAAAGGAAGCAGCACCUGGUCAGAGCAAAAGAACAGAGGAAAAGACGAGAGUUCAUGCAGCGUAGCCGGCUGGAAAGCUUGAAGGAGAACCCUCAGAGCAGCAGCGAGAGUCGCAAGGAAGUCAGCAUUAUAGAGCUCAGUCACAAGAAGAUGAUGAAGAAACGCAACAAGAAGAUCCUGGACAACUGGAUGACCAUCCAGGAGCUGAUGACUCAUGGUACUAAGGCCCCUGAGGAAGCCAAGGUGCACAAUGCCUUCUUAUCAGUCACUACUGUAUAAAAAAAAAAAAAAACAAAAAAAAAAACACAAAAAACCACACAUUCUACCCCAUGCGGUAUAAUAUACUUGCCUCGUUCAAUGUGGCGUUUUUAUGAGGACAAUAGGAAUAUUUUUCACACUUUGUAACCCAAAAAGCAUUUUGUAAAGAAUUUAUGAGUAUUGUCAUGCCAUUUUUUCAUGUUUUUCCAUUAGUUUUUCACAUCAAUCUGCAGAAAAAAAGUUUCUAUGAAAUUAAGGCUAUACAAUUAUUUUAUACCUUUGCUCUAAACAUGUUUAUCUUUUCGAAUCUAUUUUCAUAUUUAUGUUGUAACCAUAUAUCUCAAAAUAGUUUUAUGAGCAUCUUCAGAAAAGUUAAGUAUUUCCUUUUGUGUAUUAUGUACACUUGCCAGUUGCAACACACAACAAAUCUGUCGGUCUCCUGUCUUUCACUGACUUUUUUAAUGUUCCUUUUAAUCAGCAGAUCUACUAAUCCUUUAAAGCUGAAAUCAGUAACUCAGUAUUGUCGAGAGGUAGUUUAAAUUAUGUUUCAGACCAUCGGUGCAUAGACGUGGACUUGAAGUUAAAUUGUUAGCCAUGCAGACAUCAUAAAAUUGUAAUAUCUAAUGAACGUUUUUGUUUUUUAAGUUCCAAAUUUCAUCUUUAAAAAAGGGACAUGGAUCACACAUUCCACAGUACUGUAAAACUUGCUCCUAAUAAAAGACUGAGCAUAACUACA